CAUUGUUCUGGUGAAAAGCACAGAUUACCAAUCUGAUGAUGCGCUGAUGACCUUUUCUAAUUAAAGGAACCAAAUUUUCAGUAGAAGGAACCUGAGCCAAAGAAAAGGAACUGCAUGUUUUUCUGCUAAUGCCACCAAAAGUUGGAUGCUUGAGCAUAUCGAGGGAACUCUGACAUAUUUAAAGGCUGAUCGCCACUGGGGUGAGCAGAUGAUAAAAUCACUGAUCCAGGUGAGAGGAAUAAGAUGAAUCGUUCGGGGAGGGAGUUCCCUGCUUUCUACUGCCUCCUUCUCCUUUGUCUUCUUAAAGGUUGUACCUGUCAAUACUACACAACAACAACAACAGUGGGAUCAGACGUUUCUCUAACCUGCACCUAUGCUAUUUGGAAAUAUGACAGGCUGCCCUUUUGCUGGGCCAGAGGUUCUACAUCUGCAUUUGGCUGUAACAAUGAGGUGUUGAAGUCAGACGGGACAUCGGUGAAGUCAAGGCUGUCGUGGCGUUACGAUCUCAGGGGUAAUCUCGGUAAUGGGGACGCCUCGCUCACCAUCACACAGGUACAGGAGGCUGACUCGGGCAAAUAUAUCUGUCGGGUGGAAAUACCUGGCUGGUUCAACGAUCAGGAAGUUGAGACUACUCUCAAUGUUGUACCAGGACGCCCCUCUCCGCCACAGGUGGAGCUCAGAGAGCUGAAACAAAGAGCCGCCACAGUUGGCUGGAGUCCUCCGUUUGAUGGCGGCAGAUACAUUUCAUCUUAUCUGAUUGAUUUUAAACGCAGCGAUGCGUCCUGGAAUGUCGCUGUGAGAACUCAGGAUAUCAAGACUCAGGUGACUUUGGUUGAUUUACGUCCCGCCACUACCUACAACCUCCGUGCGUUUGCUGUCAACAGUGUGGGGACCAGCGAUGCCAGCAUGGGCACCGAACCUACGCCCUUGGAUGCCAGCAAUGUCCUGGCAUUUACAACACAGGAAGCAGCGCCCGAGGGCCCACCACUUGAUAUGCGACUUCAGGCUGUCAGCACUCAGAGUAUCAGAGUCACCUGGAAGCCCCCACAGGUUGAACUCAGAAACGGCGUUCUGCGCAGCUACACCGUCAGCUACAGAGACUACGAUGCUCUGGUCCAGAAAUGGUGGCACCUAACAAAAAUGGCUACAGGUGAUCAGGAGAGCAUCCUGCUCACCGACCUGCAGCCUUCGACCAGGUACGAUGUGCUGAUUCAGGCCAGGACAAACGCAGGAGAAGGACCUGCUGCGACCGCGCCUCUCUGCUCCACUCUGGGCGAAGCAACUACAACCACUUCCACUACUGCUACAACCAGGACAAAACACACAAGCCUCUCUGUGGUGCCUCCAGAUCCACCUGUAAUUGGUUUGCAAGAAGUGACAAAUUACACAAUUUCAAUUUUCUGGACCCCUGGUUUUGAAGGCAACAGCCCCAUUUCUGGUUUCUACCUGGAGUAUAAAGCACAAAAUGCUUCAUGGGAUUAUACAGAAACUGUCAUCGAUUUUGACGCCAAUGAGACAGAGGCCACAUUGGUAGAGUUUAAACCUUCAACGUACAACAUUCGAAUGUUCGCUAAAAACAGUCUGGGAACCAGUAAUGCCAGCAACGUUCUCACCGUGACCAUAGAAGAAGGAGGCGUUCAUUUCUCAUCCUCCUCUCCUGGCUGUGUUUCGCUGUACGCUCCAAAAACGCCGUGGGACUUAAUGUUGAUAUUUUUAGGAUAUCUGUGGUUCUUUUGUCAAACAUCAGAAUUCAACCUCUGCUUGGCAUGACGGAUAAAACAGUAGUAGUGAAAUUCAGCUUAAAAUCUUGUGGGACAUACUUGUGAUCUUAUUAAAUGCAAAAGUCUAGCUACAAAUUUUGGCAGAUUUUUACUGUUACUGCAAUGACCUCACUGUCAAAGAUUAUUACCAAUUUAUUCAGUUUUAAUUUUGUUUAAUUUUCUUGACUGCACAUUUAAUAAAUAACUCAUUUUCUUUCUAAACACCAUGAAGCACCUGUAAAAACAGUGUGUUGGUCUACUGUAUUACAUGAAAAUGCAAAUAAAAUACAACAAAGUU